AUGGGAAGAAUUCCGUGCUGUGAGAAAGACAAUGUGAAGAGAGGACAAUGGACGCCUGAGGAAGACCACAAGCUAUCUUCCUACAUUGCUCAACAUGGCACUCGAAACUGGCGACUCAUCCCCAAACAUGCAGACCCUGUGACUCACAAGCCUUUCUCUCACCUCAUAACUGAGAUUGCUAACACUCUGGCACCGCCACAAGUGCCCCACUUGGCUGAAGCGGCUUUGGGGUGUUUUAAGGACGAGAUGCUUCAUCUCCUCACCAAGAAACGCAUUGGCAGCUUCCAAUUGCAUCAGCAGCAGCAACAACUAGGCAUUGCACACAUUAACAACACGGCGACUAAUAGUAAUAACCAUGUUAAGCAUGAGGAUCGAGAUGAAACGACCAUCGACAAGAUCAAGUAUGGAUUAUCAAGAGCCAUAAGAGAUCCUGAAACGUUACCUAUGAGCAAGCCUUGGGACACCAGUGCAGCAGCCGGGACUGCAAACUUUUCUGGAGCUUGCAGCGCUUUUGCUGCACAGGAUUCCGGCUUUCACUAUGGCCUUUCGUCUCUUGUAAAUGAUGGGGAUGGAUCUGCAUGGAACCAACAGGGCAUUUGUGCUGGUGGCAGUCCUGCCACUGCAGACAGACAAAGUGGCCGCCUGGAUGACAAACUCAAUGAUGAAAAAGGCGAAGAUACAAGAGUUGGCAAGGAAACGGGAGAUGGGGCUGCUAUUUUCAAUUCGGACUGUGUUUUAUGGGAUUUGCCAUCUGAAGAAUUAAUGAGUCCUAUGGUUUAA